UGUCAAGCCUGAGUUCAAACGCGCACGACGCACUGACAGAACUGAACUGAGCAGCCACUACUCUUGCGUCAUCUUCUGCGACUGACGACCACCACGACCUUUGAUUUCAAUUCCAACAAGUGUUUUCCCCAGUGCGCUGGCCCCGACUCAGAUGAUUCCGCAAUCCGGCGGGUGUUAAGAUCCAUGGAAGUGGCCGGGUUUUACGAGAAGGAUUGCCUUGCUUUCCACAGUAGCAACAACGGUAACACUCACAUCUGUAACGUCGCCUCCAAGCAGCCAGGUGACGGCUCGAUGACGGAGCUGGGCAUCGCAGAGCACGAGAAGGCGAUAGACUUCAGCAUUUACCUGGACCCCUCUCAGCACUAUCAACAGCACCUUGCUCAAAACGGAGCUCUGUACCAGCACCGCGGGGUGGAUAUCUUGGCCGACUUCCUUGCUGAGGAAAGCAAAAGUAAACGUGGGCUAUCUUCACAGAACUACAGAAACUACUUACCAUUGAUUGAGCGAGACCCCCUUCAAAACAACAACUCGCGAAACGCAAGUAUCCUGAGCUACCCCGAACUGCAGGAGACCCGGGUGGACUUUUGUCCACAGGUUCUUGGCAGCUACUUAAAAGCUGGUUUCAGACAAGAACCGAAAGAAGACGCGAAGAUGGACAGCGUUUCUUCUGGGUUCGACAUGAGGUCUUAUCUGCAGUACCAGUCGGCUCCGAGCGGCAGUCUUGGGAACAUUUCCACCGCCUCCUCCUCCUGCUCCAGUCCACCUGGAACGCCUUCAGCGCCAGGUAAGGACAGGUCGCCCCUGCAGAGUGGCAAAACAUCUUCAAGCAGUAAAGGAAAGAAGCGACUGGAAAAGGACAGCGAGGAAUACAGGCAGCGACGGGAGAGGAACAACCUGGCGGUGAGGAAGAGCAGAGACAAAGCAAAAAUGCGCAACUUGGAGACACAGCACAAAGUCCUGGAGCUCGCCGCCGAAAACGAACGAUUACAGAAACGUGUGGAGCAGCUAUCAAGAGAACUGGCCACUCUGCGAAACUUGCUCUCAGCAACUGGACAGUGCUAAUCCGGGGGUCUCAUGCGCCAAAACACGGAACAUAAACCGGGACUGUGAAUAGAUCUAUUCGCUGCAGUGAAUUUGCUCUGGGAUAUAUGCACACACCAAUGUAUACGUUGGUGGGUUGUAGAAAAUGACAGUGAAAAAGUUUACAUGUAGGCUAAUAAGAGAAAAAAGGAACAAAAAUUUGCAAACGGUUUACAAAUGGAAGAGAGACUUUCGAAGAACGCCGUGGGUGAAUGAAUUGCGUAACCAUCAAUGUUUGGUGACAUGCCACUUGGAUAUGUUGUGUGGUGUCUGUACAGUAUUUUGAACCAGUUUCACAGUAAAUAUGUCUAAUAUUGUGUUAUUUAAAUAUAAUUGUUUCCUCGCUUUUUCGAGCAGUGGCUGGUUGUCUAGGGACGAACUGGAUAGCAUGGGCAUGAUGCAACUCUAUGUAACAGUAUUGGCAAGCAAUGAAGUCUGUUAAAGAUGUAAAAGGUACCAAUGUUUUUUUAAUGCCACAGAAUAUUUUAUUGAAUUAAAAAUAUUUUUACUUUGCUGAAAAA